AUGCUGCGGCUGCGGUGUGGACGGCUCGUGGCCCGGCUGGAUCGGGCGCUGCAGUUGCUGGAGCUGGGCGGCAGCGUGGAGGAAGAUUACAUCCAGAUCGCCCGGUGCUUCGAGGCGACGCGGCAGCGAUGGAGCCGCCUGGAGCAAGACGGGCGGCGGGCCCGGGAGCAGCUGGCCCGGGUGGAGGCUGAGCGGGCAGCACUGGAGGUGAAGCUCAAGCAUGCCCGCAACCAGGUGGAAGUGGAGAUGAAGAAGCGGCACCGAGCAGAGGCUGAACUGGAGAAGCAGGAGCGCAAACUUCAGCUGGUCUUCGAGUCCCUGAUGCGGGAGCCAGGGCUGCUGAGUGGGGAGCAGCGCUGUGUCCUCAGCACAUUGGCUGGCCAGCGCUUCGGGGGGGUCCUAGCACCAGGCAGAAGGUCAUCUGCAGUGGAUGAGUCAUGUCAGUCCCUCCUGUCCCACUCAGACAUUAGUUAUGACCGCACCGAGGAUGAUGUGGAUGUUGAUACAACAGUGGUGCGGACCCUGAAGCGCAAAACCCAGGAGAGGCAGCGUGUGUCCCUGGCCCCUCAGGUCGGCCCCGUGGUGGUGGCGAAGCGGCACUGUUCUUCUGGGGUAACUCCCAGCACUCAGGUGAGUGUCCCCACUGUGUCUCCUCCUGAUGAGGUCCCAGGCCCUGCUGCCAGUCUCCCGCCCACUGCUCUGGUGCCACGACGCUGCUCUCGCCAGGGACGUCGUAUCUCCGCACGUGCAGAGCUGACCACAGUGUGGGGCACCGGUGAGGAUCUGGGUGGCCAUCUGCCAGGGCAGGAGGGCCCCACUGAGGGUGACUCUGUGGGACAGCCAGUGCCAGUCCCCUUCUCCUCGCCUCCACACAGCCUCCCACCACUCCAGCAUCAGUUUACCUCAAAAACAGUGAUACGCCCUGAGCCGUGCGGCAUCUGCGGCUCCCGCAUCCGCUUCGGGAAAGCUGCCGUCAAGUGCCGCCAGUGCCAGCUGCUGCUGCACCCCAAGUGCCGGGCACAGUGCCCUGGCCCCUGCGUGCCCCGGCCCCGCCACCACGCCUGGCCCUGUGAGGGCGUGCUGGCUGACUUCGCCCCCACUGCGCCGCCCCUGGUGCCCGCCCUGGUGGUGCAGUGCGUGACCGAGGUGGAGGCACGAGGCCUGACGGAGACAGGGCUGUACCGAGUGCCAGGCAUGGAGCAGCUGGUACGGGAGUGGAAGCGGAGGCUGCUGCAGGCAGGGGGCACGCCGCCCGCCCUCAGUGGCGUGGCUGACAUCCACGUGGUGUGUGGCGUGCUCAAGGACUUUCUGCGGGGGCUCAAGGAGCCGCUGGUCACCUUCAGCCUCCACCCUGCCUUCCUGCAAGCUGCCGAUAUCCCAGACAACGCUGCCCGCAGCGCAGCCCUGCGCCAUGUGGUGAGCAAGCUGCCCCCAGCCAACCGGGACACCCUGGCCUUCCUCAUGCUGCACUUGCUCAGAGUGUCACACAGCCCUGACUGCAAGAUGGACAUCUUCAACCUGUCCCGCGUCUUUGGCCCCACGCUGGUGGGACACAGCUCGCCCAACCCCACACCGCUCGUCAUCAUGGAGGACACGCCACGGCAGGCCAAGGUGGUGGCUCAGCUCCUUUCACUGCCACUUGACUUCUGGAGGGGUUUCGUGGGGACAGAGCAGAACAGGGCGCUGAUGCCAGCCCCGGGGGAUGAACGCGAGUUGUUUUUCCACCCUAUCACCUCCCUGGAGCCUAAGGGGGGCCAGCUGAGCCCCACCGGUGCCUGCUGCCUCCCCAGCACCCUGCGCAGCUGCGUGGGCACAGCCGCACGGCCCCCGCAGGGGCCAGCUCCAAGGAAGGUGGGCCGGUUCUUCCCUUCCCCCGUGUAG